UUUCAUAAGCGAGUCGCACACCUGCACAAUGAGGAGUCCUCCGUGCCUCUUAGGUCUGCUUUUCCAAUUUGGAGGAGUCCUCGCGUUGUCCGGAGAAUUUUGGCACAUCACCGAUCUGCACUGGGACCCAAGCUACAAACUCGCGGAUAACCCCGCGCGCGUGUGUGAUUCGAGCGGAGGACGCUCUGCGACCAACGCGGGAGUUUUUGGAGACUAUGUCUGCGACGCCCCAUGGCACCUCAUCAACUCCACGGUGUAUGCAAUGAAGGCUGUGCUGCCCGAUCCGGAUUUCAUCGUGUGGACCGGAGAUGACACCCCACAUGUACCAAAUGAGAAUCUGGACGAGGAGGAAGUACUCCGAAUUAUCAGCAACCUCACCCGCGCCAUAAAGCACGUCUUUCCAAGCACUAAAGUGUACUCGGCCUUAGGCAACCAUGACUACCAUCCCAAGAGUCAGAUGCCAGCGGCUAAGAACAACAUGUAUGACAAGAUAUCACAGAUGUGGCAAGAAUGGCUGGAACCAGAGUCUCAAAACAGCUUUAAAAAAGGCGGAUACUACACUGAAAAGCUGCUCAACCGAACAGGCUUUCGGAUGUUGGUCCUCAACACCAACCUCUACUACGACCAGAACAACCAGACGGAGAACAUGGACGACCCCGCUGACCAGUUUCGCUGGGCGGAUCAGAUUCUCAUGGAAGCAGCCAAAAACAACGAGAAGGUGUUUGUCAUUGGCCACGUUCCUCCGGGGUUCUUUGAGAAGAGGAGGGGUAAGUCUUGGUUCAGGCCCAACUUCAACGAGCGAUACUUGCACCUGAUUGAGAAACAUCACGCAGUUAUCAUCGGACAGUUCUUUGGUCAUCAGCACACCGACAGCUUCCGCAUGUUUUAUCACCCUGAUGGCUCUCCUAUCAGCACCAUGUUCUUGAGCCCUGGGGUUACGCCGUGGAAAACCUCACUUCCUAAAGUCGUAGAUGGAGCCAACAACCCUGGGAUCCGCGUCUUCGAAUAUGACACCCAAACACUCUUGGUCAAAGACAUGGUGACCUACUAUCUGAACCUGACCCAUGCCAAUUUAGCUGGUGCACGUUGGGAGAAGGAGUACCGGCUUACAGAAAGCUUCAGGGUACCCGAUGCCUCCCCAGCCUCCAUGCACCAGGUUCUGGAGCGCAUGGCUAAUAACGACUGCUACCUACAGAAGUACUACGAGUUGAACUCUGUCAGCUAUGACCUGACAAAGUGCAAUCGCGAUUGCCGUAUUGACCACGUGUGUGCAGCUAGAGAGGUAAAUUUUGAUAGAUAUGAGCACUGUCUGGUGAAAGAAGGGGCAGCCUCUAUUAACGGUUUCUUGGUGCCAAUCCUCUCUGUGGCAAUAAGUCUGGUCAUUGCUAACUGAUAAUACUAAUCUGUGAUGACAGGAACUGAUAACAUGAGGCUUUGAAUGUUCAACCAGUGACAACCUAGUGCAGCAAAAGAUCCAGGCAGACCAUUCAAUAUUGUAAAAGGUGACAUGAUCCUUUCAAAAUUACAUUUGUCCAAAAUCUACAGUAUGCUUAAUGGUGAUUAUCUUUUCUUGAUUUUGUAGCGAAUUGGAAGUUUUCAGUUACAUGGCACGCUGUUAAAAGUUAGACACACAUUAAAGCGGCAGUAGACAACUUUUUUGGUUCAACUUAUCAUUAUGAACUAAAUGUUGAUUGCAGCGUAAUGGCUACUGAAUAAUGACACACCAUCGGCGUUUAUUGGUUCCCUCCAAGCCUUGCUUUCAUUAUGCAAAUCUGUCUGCCACCGGGUACGAUCUCGCGGGAAAAUGAAGGCUAGAUUUAUGCCACGAAGGAAGCGCGUCAACCACCGUGCAACCAAAGCAGGAAGAGGAUAGCACUUUUGUUUUCCCCAGCAGCUAUCAGCAGCAGAAAUGGCGGAUGGUGGAACAACCGCCCAGACAGCAAAGAAUCUUUGGCCCAAAUAUGGCCAACAUCUGCAGUUAUCUCACGGCCCACAUUUGGCCUUGAAUGACGGCGUUGACUCAGGGUGAGUGUGGCUGCCUCAACUCAGCCACACUUGGGCCACAUCUGGUCCACAUAGUAUGUGCUGUAACCCAAGUCAUGCCCGGUUCAUUACAUUUGGGCCAUGUCUGGCCCACACAACACUUGCCGUAACCCAAGUCAAGCCUGGCUUAUGACUUUUGGGCCACGUCUGGCCCACACAACAGUUGCCAGUGCCGUAACUGAGCUGUAAGUACCAAAAGUGCCCCAGCUUAGGCCCAAAUGUGUGCUAUCUGGGCGAAGUGACAGUGGAAACUACCCGGCAAGAGAAAAAGAACCCUGUUGAUAGAGGCGGCAAAGAAGGCGUAGAGGGAGAGUGAUAGAAACAGAGGUAAAACAACAGUGACCCGUGGUAGGCAUUCACUCGACGGUGUUGUAUCGAACUUUUUCCUCAUCGACAUCUGUUUCCCCCUAGCCAGACGAAAGCGUUCACAUGGAAACAGGUUACCUAUCGGUUACGAUUAGGUUAAGGUUUGGGUUAGGUUGAGGCUAAUAAGCAUUCCGGGGUUGUAUGGAACUCUGGCUAGGAGGAAACAGACCUUGACGGGGAAACAGAGUGCGAUACAAAACCCGGGACUUGAGAGGGUUCCAAACCGACCUUCAGUUGGCAUUCUUUCUACUGGAUCAGGAAGUAACACAACCUUCCUACUUAUUAAUACUACCGGAUGUUUUACUCUGCCUUUAUCAUAGUACUGAGAUUGGGGAUUCUAGUCCAGAUGUGAUCCUUACAGUUGUUUCUUGCUUUGGACAGUAGCCAGGCUGCUAAUAAAUGGAAAGCGAUCCGGUAGUCUUUGCGACAGCAAACAAUAAAAAAAAUUUUUAAAAACACUCAGAAAGGCUGGGGUGGGAGGGUGAAAAGUUGUCUACAGCCACGUUAAUGUAACUUACAAGCAGGGAAACAAUCAUUGGAUUCAAUAUUUUCUAGCAGUUUCACUUGAGCUGCUGGGAAAUAAUAAAAACGGUUGGACAUCUGAUUUACAGUUCGAUAUUUCAAAAGUGUUCAGUAUUAUAAAUUCAAUGUCUUGCCAUGUAUAAGAAUCAUAGUUUGUCAUUAUUUAAUGACGGGCUAUCAUCAAGCUAUAAAUGCCAGUGUUUUACCGUAACAAUAAAAAGGCUUAUCAAUGGUUUAAAAUGUGCUUAAUGUCCAUAUCAUGUAGGAACAUUGAUCACGUCUUGUAAAGUAAGCACAACUGAAUGUAUCAUUUGCAGCAGAUAAUUCCCUCUGACACUGGAACUGGAAUUCAGGGCUACACAAAUAAACUUGACAUGAA